AUGACUAGGAGGAAAGGUGUGUUGGCUGUAGUGCCAGUAGAAGACCGCUCAGGUAAGCAACCAUCCGAGAAGAAGAUGAAGUUCACACGAGAGCCCAUUGCUUUCAACGACAAUGACUUGGAAGGAAUAAUUCAGCUGCACGAUGAUGCAUUGGUGGUGAUGGCUAGAAUAAAUGGUUUCAUAGUGAAGAGGGUGAUGGUAGAUCAAGGGAGUGGGGCCGAUGUGAUGUAUCAGGACUUGUUUAAAGGGCUCGGAUUAAAGGACGAAGACCUCUCGAAAUACAAUACACGCCUGGUCAGGUUUGAUGGCCAGGUGGUGAUUCCCAAAGGGCAAAUUUCCCUUCCAGUGUAUAUGGAAGGAAAGGAAGUAGUAGUAGCAUUUAUAGUGGUCGCCUCAUUCUCUCCUUAUACGGCAAUCCUGGAAAGGCCGUGGAUCCAUGCGAUGAGGGCAAUCUCGUUCUACCAGCUUCUAAAGAAAUGGAAGGGAUUUCAAUGGGACGAGGAGUGUGAAAGGGCUUUUUAG